AUGGCCCCUCGUUCCAAGACAGCCCCUGUCGGCUCGUCGCAAUGGAUCCAGACCGAGCGCGACCAGGCUGCCGAGUUUGUCGACAUGGAGGUUGAGGAGUUUGGCUAUGCUGCCCAGAACGAGAUGGAAUGGCUGAACGAGCACAUGGCCGAGAUUUUUAGUAGCAACCCUGUACUCCUGGAAAGCUGCGAGGAAAGACUCCUCGUACAGCGCCCUCUGACGGAUCUNUUUGCGCCCAAUCCCCAAUCGACCUUCAGUCCAGCACCCAAGAACGACUUUUACUCAAAGGUUGCCCAGUUCCAGAUCGCGCAGGAUGGCGAACAAGAGCGCCCUCGCUCGGGAACUUCCAGAAAAAGCCCUCUGCGCGUGGGCAAGGAGAACAUGGAUUCUGGAUACCAUGGCAUGACCGAGGACGAGAUGGAUGUUGACUCGCAACAAUCCAUGCUCAAAAACAGCCACGCCCAAGCUCCCGACCUCGAACCUCUACAAGAGCACGUCACAAACGAUCCUGUUGUUAACGACACAGCAUCUUCUGUUUCGGCUAACGAAGACGCCGAGAAUGUCCACGAGGAUCUCGCAGAAGACGAUGACCAGGCCACUGUGCCCGACCCCGAGUCUAGCAGCCGACCCGUUACACAAGAUUCGAACGCGCCAUUUGCGGAUGAAGAUUUGCAGGCUGAAGAGGACCAGAACGAAAACCAAAUGGCAGACGAGGAAGAGCUGGAAGAGGAAGAAGAAGACGACAAUCCUAAAUCGCCAUCCGAAACCUCGACACCCGACAAGCCAUUAACGCGUAAGAGCAGUUUGACCUUCGCCGCCUUGCCUGCCCGUGAGCCUUUGACUGCUAAGCGGAGUAUUGGCCCCAGAGGCAGUCACAUGGAUGCGUUUGGUGGUGCUCGCACAAGUGCCUUUGGUAAGAGCUUUGGUAUCACGCAACAGACCAACUCUCAGUCGGCAGAAGAUGCAGACGAACACAACAAAACGUCGACCCAAAGGCUGCACGAGCGCAUAACUUUGCUCGGCCAGCAGAAGGAGCCUCGCACAUCCAAGUCCAUUCACAUGCCUGCUUAUCCUUCUCUACCAGCCCACGAGCACAGAUCUACUGCUGGACCGUCUCAAGAAAAUGUUCAAGGCGACACACAACCGCUCGUCGACGAUGAUGAUGAUGACGACUGGAUCGCUCCCAUAAUUACCAGCUCUCGUGCCGCUAGCGGCGUUGACACACAGAAGCUGAAUGACCAAGUAUCUGACCCUGUCUCAAUUGAAGAAGCGCAACCAGCCUUUACUGGCAUUCCUAAGCCUGCAUUGCGCGAAUCGCCCUCCAAGUACUUCAUGGGACACCACAAGUCCAACUCGACAGCCACUCUCGCUUCUCCUGCAAAGGUUGCAACUGCUCCUCAUCACGCUCACCACCAGAAGAACACAUCUGUUUCCAAUCCCAACUUCCCUCCCGGCAGCGGUGCCACGACUCCUGUUGCUAACUCUAUUGCUUCUCCGACAAAACAAAAGUUCGCCGAAGCACCUAUUAGCGCAUCCAAGGCCAAGCUCUAUUCUGUCUUUAAAUCUGCCAAAGGUAUGUUUGGUAGUAGUGCUGCAGCCAGCGCCCAGGCGAAGAUGAACUCACUUUCCUCUCCCCAUCGACCGCUCUCUGCGGCAACAUUCGAACGUCCCGAUUCAGACAUGUCCAAGAUGCCUGGCGGUCUCUACCCUGAUCUUAGCCAGAACAGGCCGGCCACCGCUCUUCCCGCAACCGGUGGAAGCAGGCGAACUCGCAGCUCAACUGAGCACGCCCGUAAGAAGGACAAGGAAUCCAAGGACGAAACGAGUGCUAUGGAUGAUCUGGAGAAGGUCAGGCAACAAGAGAGGCAGAAGGCUCACGAGAAGGCUGAGAAGGACAAGGCUUCCGAAGCCGCAAGAGUCGAGAAGGAGAGACAUGCUGCGGCUAGUCGUCCUGGUGCUGCAUCACAGCAAUCGUGGAGAUCGACUGCAGAUGAAGCAAGCGACGUCGAUGAAGCUGGUCCUCCAGUGCCUCCCAAGACUGGCGCUCCAGCUGGCAAAUUGAGAGCGCCUGGCAGACUGGCCAAGCCAUCGAGAUUGGGUAGCAUUCAGCCAAAGCCUGCCCCAGUCAGCAUCAAGGUGGCAUCGGGUUCGCAAAGACUUGGCUCCACNCCAGCCGGGAAGCUCUUCUCAAGAUACGAACACUGCCCCAGCCACUCGCCAACAAGCGACACGCUCUGGCAGUGCACAACCCCUGCAUUGUCCAAGUCAGUUGGUGCUGGUGCUGGUUCGGUGCGCAGCGUAAAGGCCCUCGAGGCUGCUGCCAGANNAAAAAAGGAACAAGACGAAAAGGUGGCACUGNNAAGAAAGCAGAACAGAAGCGCGAGAUUGAGCGCAAGCGAGCUGCCAAGGCCGAAGAAGAUCGUAAAGCAGAACAGGAACGCAGAGCAGAGAAAGGUCGAGCAACAGAGACAGCUGGCUUUGCAGCAGAAGAAGAGUGCUGAACUGGCUGCAAACAUGGAGCAAGAGAAGAUGGACAGGCAGCAAGCACAGUCUACAUUGCCCCGUGGAGACAUUGGUGGCACACUGAGACAGCUCUCCAAGCAAGAUCGACCCGCACCUCAAGCCAACAGUGCAAAGCCCGCCAAACGUCCUCUUCAGCAAGAGGUCGAAGAGUCAUCGCAGCGUCCUACUAUCGGUAGAGCGCCAACAUCGUACCAGCAGCAAGGUGACAAGCGACGCAAGACGUUGGAGGGUGACGACGAUGAGGUCGAUAGGCCGUCAGACAACGCCUUGACAGCUCCUCCAAAGAGACCGUCGAACAUGCGCAAAGAGUCAACACUCAACAAAUUCCCACACGGUUACACUCACGCACCUCCGCCAGCUGCUCACCACUCUCAGAACAUGUUCAAGGCGACGGUCACAGCACAACAUCACGCACAGCACGCCAAAGCAGGUAUGCAUCCUAAUGAUAUGAUGAAGUUGUCGACAGCUCGGAUCCCCUUCGCAGAGAACUCGAAUCCUCCUGGAGCAUCUUCGAGCAAGGGAGCACCUCCAUCGGCAUUCAAGACACCUGGACGACCGGCGGCUCAAGUCGUUUCUAAGAAAUCGGUACCCAAGUCUGCCAAAUCUUCACCUCUGUACCCCAAUGGAGACAACAUCAAUCUGCCUGAGAUUGCCACAGACAGCGAAGAUGAGGAUUCGGACGAUGAUCAAACUGGUGGAUUCCGAGCGCCCUCUUGGGUUGCGUCGCCGGCACUCCGCGAUCUGCUUACACAGCAACAGCUUGUGGAUCCUGAGAGCAUCUUUGGACCCAUCGCACCGCUACAGAUGGAAGAGGUGUUCCGCAACAGCAAGAACCCCGAACGACUGAAGAAGUUCCGCGAGCGUGGAUCAUCUGCUCGCUGGGUCGACACGGGAGACGCAGUCACGAAGGAAGAAAAGGUCAAGGACCGUGAGAUGCGUGCACGAGUUGUCAAAGAAGGUGGAUGGAGAUUCGGACAGGACGCUUAA